AUGAAUGCUAUAUGGCUCACUACCCUACUUCUCUGUUCUAGGAGUGUUUCUCAGGAGCUGUCAGAGACGAUCCUCACCAUGGUAGCUAACUGCAGUAAUGUCAUGAACAAGGCUAGACAGCCACCACCUGGAGUCAUGCCAAAAGGACGCCCGCCCAGUGCUAGCAGCUUGGAUGCCAUAUCUCCUGUACAGAUCGACUCGCUUGCAGGAAUGGCAUCUCUUAGUUUAGGUGGCUCAGCUGCUCCUCAUACCCAGAGCAUGCAAGGCUUCCCUCCAAACUUGGGCUCUGCAUUCAGUACUCCUCAGUCACCAGCAAAAGCCUUCCCACCUCUUUCCACCCAAAACCAGACAACAGGUUUCAGUGGCAUUGGAGGACUCUCUUCACAGCUUCCAGUAGGUGGUCUUACUACGGGUAGCCUGACUGGCAUAGGAACCGGAGCCCUGGGCCUUCCUGCAGUGAACAAUGACGCAUUUGUGCAACGGAAGCUGAGCACAUCUGGACUGAACCAGCCUACAUUCCAGCAGAGUAAGAUGAAACCUUCUGACUUAUCUCAGGUGUGGCCAGAGGCUAAUCAGCACUUUAGCAAAGAAAUAGAUGAUGAGGCAAACAGCUACUUCCAGCGUAUUUACAACCAUCCACCGCAUCCGACCAUGUCUGUGGAUGAGGUCUUGGAAAUGCUGCAGAGGUUUAAGGACUCCAACAUUAAACGAGAACGAGAAGUGUUCAAUUGUAUGCUGAGGAACUUGUUUGAGGAAUACCGUUUCUUUCCCCAGUACCCAGAUAAAGAGCUGCACAUUACAGCCUGCCUCUUUGGUGGGAUAAUAGAGAAAGGACUGGUUACUUAUAUGGCAUUGGGCCUGGCCCUGCGCUAUGUUCUUGAAGCCUUACGAAAGCCUUUUGCAUCCAAAAUGUACUAUUUUGGUAUUGCUGCACUAGAUAGAUUUAAAAAUAGAUUGAAGGACUAUCCCCAGUAUUGUCAGCACUUGGCUUCUAUUAGUCACUUUAUACAGUUCCCACAUCAUUUACAGGAGUACAUAGAAUAUGGACAGCAAUCCAGAGAUCCUCCUGUGAAGAUGCAGGGUUCAAUCACCACCCCUGGAAGUAUUGCACUUGCCCAGGCUCAGGCCCAGGCCCAAGUUCCAGCAAAAGCUCCUCUUGCUGGCCAAGUCAGCACUAUAGUAACCACCUCAACCACCACCACUGUUGCAAAAACCAUUACAAUCACUCGACCAACUGGAGUCAGCUUCAAGAAGGAUGUGCCGCCUUCCAUUAAUACUACCAACAUUGAUACGCUGUUAGUAGCAACAGAUCAAACAGAGAGAAUUGUGGAACCUCCAGAGAAUGUCCAGGAAAAAAUUGCUUUCAUCUUCAAUAAUCUGUCUCAGUCAAAUAUGACACAGAAGGUUGAAGAAUUGAAGGAGACAGUGAAAGAAGAGUUCAUGCCUUGGGUAUCACAGUAUCUCGUGAUGAAGAGAGUCAGUAUUGAGCCUAAUUUUCACAGCUUAUAUUCGAACUUCCUUGACACACUUAAGAAUCCAGAGUUUAAUAAAAUGGUUCUGAAUGAAACCUACAGAAAUAUCAAGGUGCUGUUGACAUCAGAUAAAGCUGCGGCCAACUUCUCAGACCGUUCCCUGUUAAAGAACCUUGGUCACUGGCUGGGAAUGAUUACUCUGGCUAAAAAUAAGCCCAUCUUGCACACGGAUUUGGAUGUGAAAUCACUGCUACUGGAAGCAUAUGUUAAGGGACAGCAGGAGUUGCUUUAUGUAGUGCCAUUUGUUGCCAAAGUCUUAGAAUCCAGUGUCAGAAGUGUGGUCUUCAGGCCUCCAAACCCGUGGACAAUGGCCAUUAUGAACGUUUUAGCUGAGCUACAUCAAGAACAUGAUUUAAAAUUGAAUCUGAAGUUUGAGAUUGAGGUGCUCUGCAAGAAUCUUGCACUAGACAUCAAUGAGCUGAAACCUGGAAGUCUCCUGAAAGAUAAAGAUCGUCUGAAAAAUCUGGAUGAGCAGCUGUCUGCUCCAAAGAAGGAUGUGAAGCAGCCAGAAGAGCUACCACCCAUCACAACAACUACUGCUUCAACAACUCCAGCUACCAGCACCACUUGUACAGCCACGGUUCCUCCACAGCCCCAGUACAGUUAUCAUGACAUCAAUGUCUAUUCUUUAGGAGGAUUGGCUCCACAUAUUACCUUAAAUCCAACGAUUCCACUGUUCCAAGCCCACCCGCAGCUGAAGCAGUGUGUGCGGCAGGCAAUAGAGCGAGCAGUGCAAGAACUUGUCCAUCCGGUGGUUGAUCGGUCCAUUAAGAUUGCCAUGACUACAUGUGAGCAGAUAGUCAGGAAGGACUUUGCACUGGAUUCAGAGGAGUCACGAAUGCGUGUGGCUGCGCACCAUAUGAUGCGGAACCUAACUGCUGGGAUGGCCAUGAUUACCUGCAGGGAACCUUUGCUGAUGAGCAUAGCUACCAACUUGAAAAAUAGUUUUGCUACUGCACUGAGAGCAGCCUCCCCACAACAGAGGGACAUGAUGGAGCAAGCAGCUGCCCAGUUAGCUCAGGAUAACUGUGAGCUAGCCUGCUGCUUUAUCCAGAAGACAGCUGUGGAAAAGGCAGGCCCUGAGAUGGACAAGAGGCUCGCAACUGAAUUUGAGCUCAGAAAACAUGCUAGACAAGAGGGUCGUCGGUACUGUGAUCCUGUUGUGUUAACUUACCAGGCUGAGCGGAUGCCAGAACAGAUCAGAUUAAAGGUUGGAGGUGUAGACCCGAAGCAGCUGGCUGUUUAUGAAGAGUUUGCGCGCAAUGUCCCUGGCUUCUUGCCUACCAAUGACUUAACUCAGCCUACAGGAUUCUUGGCUCAGCCUAUGAAGCAAGCUUGGGCUACAGAUGAUGUCGCACAAAUCUACGACAAAUGUAUGACAGAACUGGAGCAGCACCUGCAGUCCAUUCCACAUACCCUGGCCAUGAAUCCUCAAGCUCAAGCAUUGCGCAGCCUCUUGGAGGCUGUGGUAGUGGCUCGUAACUCCCGUGAUGCUAUUGCUGCACUUGGACUGCUGCAGAAGGCUGUAGAGGGCUUACUGGAUGCCACCAGUGGGGCAGAUGCUGACCUCCUGCUUCGCUAUCGUGAAUGUCAUCUGCUUGUGCUGAAGGCUCUACAGGAUGGCCGCGCAUAUGGAUCUCCGUGGUGUAAUAAACAAAUUACGAGGUGCCUGAUUGAAUGCAGAGAUGAGUACAAGUACAAUGUGGAAGCUGUGGAGCUGCUAAUCCGCAACCACCUGGUUAACAUGCAGCAAUAUGACCUUCACUUGGCUCAGUCAAUGGAGAAUGGCUUGAACUACAUGGCUGUGGCAUUCGCCAUGCAAUUGGUAAAGAUCCUGUUGGUUGAUGAGAGAAGUGUCGCCCACGUAACAGAGGCAGAUUUGUUUCACACAAUUGAGACACUCAUGAGGAUUAAUGCUCAUUCCAGAGGAAAUGCCCCAGAAGGAUUACCCCAGCUGAUGGAAGUGGUCCGAUCAAACUAUGAAGCAAUGAUUGACCGUGCUCAUGGAGGUCCCAAUUUCAUGAUGCAUUCAGGAAUUUCCCAAGCCUCUGAGUAUGAUGAUCCGCCCGGUCUGAGGGAGAAGGCAGAAUACCUGCUGAGGGAGUGGGUGAACCUCUACCAUUCCGCUGCAGCAGGCCGUGACAGUACCAAAGCAUUCUCUGCGUUUGUUGGACAGAUGCACCAGCAAGGAAUCCUGAAAACAGAUGACCUGAUCACCCGCUUUUUCCGUCUCUGCACCGAAAUGUGUGUUGAAAUCAGCUAUCGUGCUCAGGCUGAGCAACAACAUAACCCUGCUGCCAACCCCACUAUGAUUCGAGCCAAGUGCUACCACAAUCUGGAUGCCUUUGUGCGGCUUAUUGCACUGCUAGUAAAGCACUCUGGGGAGGCAACCAACACAGUUACAAAGAUCAACCUCCUGAAUAAGGUUCUUGGUAUUGUUGUGGGAGUUCUUCUGCAAGACCAUGAUGUUCGUCAGAGUGAGUUUCAGCAGCUCCCUUACCAUCGGAUUUUCAUCAUGUUGCUGUUGGAAUUAAAUGCUCCUGAGCAUGUGCUGGAGACCAUCAACUUCCAGACACUCACAGCUUUCUGUAACACAUUUCACAUCCUGAGGCCUACAAAAGCUCCAGGUUUUGUUUAUGCCUGGUUGGAACUGAUCUCCCAUCGGAUAUUUAUUGCAAGAAUGCUGGCACAUACACCACAGCAGAAGGGUUGGCCCAUGUAUGCCCAGUUAUUGAUUGAUCUUUUCAAGUACUUGGCUCCUUUCCUUAGAAAUGUGGAACUCACCAAACCUAUGCAAAUUCUUUACAAGGGCACUCUGCGUGUGUUGCUGGUCUUGUUGCAUGAUUUCCCAGAAUUUCUUUGUGACUACCACUAUGGGUUCUGUGAUGUGAUCCCACCCAACUGUAUUCAGCUGAGGAAUCUGAUCCUGAGUGCCUUCCCACGGAACAUGAGGCUUCCAGAUCCUUUCACCCCCAAUCUAAAGGUGGACAUGUUAAGUGAGAUUAAUAUUGCUCCACGAAUACUCACAAAUUUCACUGGAGUGAUGCCACCUCAGUUCAAGAAAGAUUUGGAUUCCUAUCUCAAAACCCGUUCUCCAGUCACCUUUUUGUCUGACUUGCGCAGCAACCUACAAGUAUCAAAUGAACCUGGCAACCGGUACAACAUCCAGCUGAUUAACGCACUGGUGCUCUACGUAGGUACUCAAGCUAUUGCGCACAUUCACAACAAAGGCAGCACACCCUCUAUGAGCACCAUUACCCACUCAGCUCACAUGGACAUCUUCCAGAAUUUGGCAGUAGACCUGGACACUGAAGGCCGGUAUCUUUUCUUGAAUGCAAUUGCCAAUCAGCUACGAUACCCCAACAGUCACACCCACUACUUCAGUUGUACCAUGCUGUACCUGUUCGCAGAGGCCAACACGGAGGCUAUCCAGGAGCAGAUCACUAGGGUUCUCUUGGAACGACUGAUUGUAAAUAGGCCUCAUCCCUGGGGUCUCCUUAUUACUUUCAUUGAGCUGAUAAAAAAUCCAGCUUUUAAGUUCUGGAACCAUGAGUUUGUUCACUGUGCUCCAGAAAUUGAGAAGCUGUUCCAGUCGGUUGCACAGUGCUGCAUGGGGCAGAAGCAGGCCCAGCAAGUCAUGGAAGGGACUGGUGCCAGUUAGAUGAGCUGCAUCUUGUGUUGUAAGUGUGCCAGCCUGGAGGUCCCCAUCCCGCUGACUGACAGAAGACUCUGUAAGGCUCCUCCUGACCUUCCCCAGCCCCUUUGAUUGGGUAGACACAACAGACCCUGGGUGAAAGUCUAUGUGGGCAUGUUCCAAAGUUUAAAAAAAAAAAAAAAAAUUGACUUUUGGCCAAAAUUCAGAAGAUGCUGUGAAUAUCAUUUUGAACUAGUGUAAAUACAAGGAACAGAAACGUUUGUCUGGACUUCUGGGUUUGUGCAAAUUCUGUAAAAGGCAGGUGGGUAACUGGUGCCUGUCCAGCUUGUAAUAAAGGGGCAGCUGCUGAUGCCAAGCACUUCUCUGGGGCAGACCUCCUUGUCCUGACAUUCCCAGACUCCCAAAGAAUAUUGAAAAGCCAGUUAUAAUAUUAUGUAACUUAUUUUUCUUUAUGUGGAUGGGGGACCUUUAAAUCACUAAGUUGUUUUACAAAAAAAAAAGGUGAAUGUGUUUGGAAUAUGGGAAUAUUAUGGAGUAGGGGGGGUGAGGGAGGGGUUAAGGUACAGCAUUGCUUUCCCCCCACCCUCAUCAAAUGCUGCCAGACAGCAAGUGGAGUGGCAGUCAGAGAAUGCCUCCUUUCUGUUGGAGAAGACACACCUCAGGCCCUUUGGGAGAGGGUCAGCUGUUUUUAGUAAAGAAACCAGAGACCAGGCCUAUAGCGCCUUUUUUUUUUUUUUUGACACUUGUAAAUUUUGGAAGGUGGAGGGGGUUACAUCUAGGCCUUUUCCCACCCCUCCAGCCUGUGACUACACAGUAUAAGUUUGUAAAAAA